GAACCGUUAUUUACGUUUUCCAUAGGCAUCCAGGACCUUCCGGAGUCGAGGUUCCAGUUUCCCCCUUCUCCAACUCCGCCUCACCACCACCAACGCAGCCUACUCCCCCGUCCCCGAACCAAAACCCUAGCCGCGUAGCCCUCUCGCCAUGGAUGCCAUACGGAAGCAGCUUGACCAGCUCAUGGGCGCCAACCGCAAUGGCGAUGCCCGGGAGGUCACCCGCAAGUACUACGAUCGCGACGUGUGCCGCCUCUUCCUCGCCGGGCUCUGCCCCCACGACCUCUUCCAGCUCACUAAGAUGGACAUGGGGCCGUGCCCUAAGCUGCAUUCGUUGCAGCUGCGUAAGGAAUAUGAGGAAGCCAAAGCCACAGGUAUGGACAACUAUGACCGUGAAUUGGAAGAAACUAUAGAAAGACUGAUAGUUGAGUGCGAGAGGAAGAUUCAAAGAGCCCUUAAGCGUUUGGAGGAGGAAGACGCUAAGGCAGCUAUUGCAAUUUCUGUUACUGAGGUUACACAGAGUAAAGAAAUAACCGAGUUCUCCAAACAAAUUAAGGAGAAGAUGAAGGAGAUAGACACUUUUGAUCUUGAGGGAAACACCGAGGGCAAAAUUCGGGCUACUGAAGAGGUUGACAAGCUCAAGGAACAAAGGGCUGAAGAGCAGGCAAAGCUGCUGCUUGAAGCUUUUAAUAAGGACCGUGUUUCGUUAGUGAGUUCUCUCCAAACUGCUACGCAAUCAGCUGCACCUGCUGCUGCUCCAGAUGCACGCACACAAGAAAUGAUUAAUGAAAAGCUAAAAAAGGCAGAAGAACUGGGUGAGAAUGGGAUGAUUGAUGAGGCCCAAAAAUUGUUGGAUGAAGCAGAAGCUCUGAAAAAGCUGGGUGCUCGGCCACAGAUUGUUCCAGACACUGCAAAAAUGUCAACUCAUGUUCAAAUUACGGAUCAAAAGUUGCGCCUGUGUGACAUAUGUGGAGCAUUCUUGAGCGUGUAUGACAGUGACCGACGUUUAGCAGAUCACUUUGGAGGGAAACUUCACAUGGGUUAUAUGCUAAUACGUGAGAAGCUGUCAGUACUGCAGGAAGAAAAAAACAAAAGGCGCAAGGUUGACCGAUCUGAAUAUGAUAGAAGGUCCAGGGAAAGGAGCACAGAACGUGAUAGAGCAUCAAGCAGGGACCGUAAUAGAGGAGACCGAAGCAGCAGCCGUGGCAGGGACAGAGAUUAUGAGCGAAAAAGUAGCCACGAUCGCUACCAUGACAGAGAAAGUAGUUAUGGCAGGGAAAAGGAUAAAGAAUCAGGGAGAUCUCGCAGCUAUGAUUCUCGGAGUCACCGAAGAUCACGUUCCCCAAGGGAUAGUUCUAGGGACUAUGAUCAAUACAGGCGUCAUGAUCGUCGAGAUCGGCACUAGAUGCAGGCGUGUUUCGUUCGGUUUUUGAGGCUUUUUCGGUGUGAUUAAUUCAGUUUUGAAGGGCUCUCCCGGUGUGCUUCAUUCGGAUUUUGGAAGGUUCUGCCAGUGUGCUGCGGUGUGCAUCAUCCUUGGUGUAUCUGCCCAGACCCAUAGUGAAACCAGGCAAUUAGGAGUGACUAGCUUAUAUAUCUGUCCACUCCUGUAACAACUAAUAUGUGUUUGCCGGUGUCAAUCUUAUCGUGUAUGCAGAAACAUAAACCCGUGUGUUAUGUACACUCUAAUUUACGGCACAACUUACCAAAACAUAUUUGUUGAUCUCA